AUGCCCUACCCCCACCUCCAGCUUCUCCUGGUUGGCAUUCUCGUGCUUAUGUCGUAUGCCUGUGUCGCGCAGUGUAAGCACGCAGUCAAUGGCACACCAUUUGGACGCCUAUCUGAUCUCAAACGACACCAAUCGACAUGUCUCGCUUUCGAAACUCACCAGCAACUGACCACAGCCAAUCGAACGACAGUGCCCAACACACUCGAAUUGUAUCAACGCCGGCAGCAAAAAAAGAAGGAUAACCGUAUUGCUACAGCCACAGCUGCCAGCGCAUUGCAGUCAUCCGAAGGUCUAGCAAAUUCAGACCAUGAGACAUUGAUGCCAAAUGUUGACUCGACACCAGCCGUAGAGCCAGACCCAGUUCCAGCACCGCUCAAUGCAGCAGGUCGACCUAUCCGACGCAAACGCAAAACUUGGAAGCUUCUUCAACAACUACCAGAGACGCCGUUGAGCCUCCCAACCACAUCACUUCCCACCGAGCAGCCUACACCGCCAUCGCCCACGCCGUCUACCUAUCAGUGGGUUUGGCAAGGUUUGCGGACAACCGUGAACAGCUUUGGAUUAUUCCGCGAUUAUCCAUCAUGCCCAACCUACAACCCCGAUGAACAGCUUGCAAAUGCGGACCUUUCCGAUAUCCCUGUUCCUUUACAUGCCAAUACUGCGACACUGCCCCCCACUGAAGUUCCUUUCGCUACCCCGGUUAUGCACCCAAUGACUGUAGAAACCGAAACUUCUCAAUCGGCGUCAGUCUGGAGUCAUAUGGCUGCGCUGGGACAAUUCUCCAAUUCCAGCCGUGCAGGACUGAUGAAGCUCGUCGACUUUCUGGGUUCAAGCGACUUCAACCCUGAUGAUGUGAAGGGAAUGAAUGUUCAGAAAGAGACCGAAAUGCUUGACACACGACUGGCCGCACCUGUUGCUGGUAUUCGCGAUGGCUGGAAAACGGCGCCCAUCAACAUAUCCGUUCCCGACGGGAACAUACACCGGAGCGAAGCUGAGGCUCCUGUUUUUUCGGUGUCUGGCCUUUAUUACCGUCCACUUGUGGACGUUAUUAAAGCCGCCAUCAUCAAUGGCGGCGCACGUUGCUUCCAUUAUACCCCGUUCAAGCAAUUCUGGCUUCCUUCGCAGGACUCUCAACCCCAACGCGUCUAUGACGAAAUCUAUUCCUCUGAUGCGAUGGUUCAAGCAUACGAAGAGCUUCACCAACAGCCGCCAAAGCAGGAAUGUACUUUGGAGCGAGUCAUUCUCCCAUUAAUGUUCUGGUCGGACUCUACACACCUGGCCAGUUUCGGUACUGCCUCACUCUGGCCACUCUAUCUGUUUUUCGGGAACCAAUCGAAGUGGUUACGUGCAAAGCCGCGCGCUGGUGUCUGUCACCAUGUUGCGUAUUUCCCGAAGCUGCCAGACUCUUUCAGCGACUGGUUCAAAACACAAAGCGGAGGCGACGGUCCGAGCGGCGAACUUCUCACUCACUGUCGGCGUGAGCUAAUGCAUGGGAUCUGGAGGCUCCUGCUGGACGAAGAGUUUGUUGCUGCAUGGAAUUUAGCUAACCACUCUCAGAGUUCUCCUGGCAACUAUUCGCAAUAUGGGCAAAUGUCCUUGUCCACGCUCGUAUUGAUGAUGACCAUCGCCGUGGUCGGCAUUGAGCGUGUACGAACGUGGAUAUAUGAGUGGGGCUAUAAGAUCAAGUCUGCUGCUGUCGAGCGCUUUCUCGGGCCGUUUUCCGAGGUGCCAACUUCGAAUGCCUUUUCCGACCGACUUGCUCGGUUCAACUUCAACCCCUUCAAGAUGCUCGUCCCCGAUUUCAUGCACGAGUUUGAGCUCGGCGUAUUCAAAGCUUUCUUUACACAUCUCCUUCGGGUUUUUCAGGCAUAUGGGAAUGGUUGUGUAUCCACACUCGAUUAUCGAUAUCGUCUUAUCCCUACAUUUGGACAAGCGACUAUUCGGCGAUUUACGGAGAACACCUCUGCUCUCAAAAAGCUUGCGGCAUGGAACUGGCAAGCGAUACUCACCUGCUCAUUGCCUGUUGUCGAAGGAUUGCUAGAUGACCCGAAUGACAAUGCAUUUGUUCUCGACAUCCUCUUUACUCUUGCGGAGUUUCAUGCAUUUGCCAAACUCCGCAUUCAUACAGACGACACCAUAAAGCAUCUCCGAGCCCUGACCAAGGAACUUGGACGACUGCUUCGACGCUUCCAACGUGUUUUCUUACCCAGUUUGGCCCAACGCGGCAUACAUCCAAAAGAACUGCCAUCUGAACACAAUGCCCGCACGAGUCGGAAGGCUAAACGAGCGGCCAAAGCUGCCGCCACUCAACAGGCUCGUGGUUCUCAGCAAACAGCAAGGAGUACCAGCAGCGCUGCUCCAAAGGAGAAAGUUUACUCCCUUCUCACCUACAAGCUACAUGCUCUUGGAGAUUACGUGAAAUCAAUUCUUUGGUUUGGAUCCCUGGACUCGUAUACAACACAAACGGGCGAGCUCGAGCAUCGUCGUGUGAAACGUUUUUAUGCGCGCACAAACAAAAACCGGGCUGUACGGCAGAUGACACUACUCGAGCGUCGUGAUACGUUCUUCCGCAACAUUCGGGCUCGUGCUGUCAAGCGUGCAACCGCACUUGUUCGCCCUCAUAAACCAACACCCAGGCCCUCCCCUACAUGGCACCGGAACAGCAUUACCAUGUCGCAUCCACCCAAAAUAACAGUAUUCAUCUCUCUCCCAUCCUGGCUAUCCGACCAUCGUGGUGAUCCUGCUGUCCAGGACUUUCUACCCAAGCUUCAAGCCCAUUUGCUUGGACGUCUAGUUCAUCCAGACCAUACUGGCGAUAGUAACGAGUUCAGCAGAGAGCAGUGCGAGGAUAUCAUCUUGCGAAAUGACCGCAUCUAUUACCACCAAAUGUGCCGAGUCAAUUACACCACCUAUGACAUACGACGUGGUCAAGACCAUCUCAAUCCAACACGCCGUUCCGAUGUUAUGAUGCUCAGCCCCGAAGGUGAUACCUCGCACCCUUUCUCAUAUGCGCAGGUCCUGAUGAUAUGCCACGCAAACGUCCUUCGCAAGUCAAACCCAACCCCGCAACAUGUCGACUUUCUAUGGGUCCGUCGCUAUGCUUUUGACAAGGGAUAUAAAUCUGGCUUCAAGCGAAAGCGUCUACAUCGCGUUCAUUUCAUACCAGAAACAGACUCCAACGCGUUCGCAUUCCUGAACCCAGAUGAGGUCAUUCGGGCUUCACAUCUGGUUCCAGCCUUUGCGCAUGGCAAAUGCACUCACUUGUUGGCGAGCGACUCCAUUGGGCGCUUGACGCGUGAAGGACUGGCUCCAAAUGAAGAUUGGACAUCGUACUACGUCAAUUUCUUUGCUGAUCGUGACAUGGUCAUGCGAUACUUUGGUGGUGGUAUAGGUCACUAUCGAGUACCACUGCCAUUGGAUCCAGAGCCUGAGCCAGAGCAACAGCCGCAGAUGGAUGACCAAGAGCUACCAGUCGACACCCCCAUUAUCAUUCCCCAGGCGGUAGAACCUCCCCAAGAACCGCCUUCGGGCCCUGCAGAUCAAGAGGAAGUUGCCCCAGACCCCAACGAAGGUCCCGGUAGCGACUUGGAAUCUAAUCAGAGCGAUUCGGAUUCGUCUUCCGAAUCAAGCUCGUCUGCUGGUUCCGAUAAUGGGGACAAUGACAAGCUGCAACACAAGAGGGCACGUAUUGCAGAUGUGGAAAGAGCAGGCUCGGAGGACAACGAAACCGGUACCCAGGCUCGUGUCCUGCCGCGCGUUCGUUUAAUUCUGCCAUCACACCCUUCCGACUCAAGCCUCGGCUCCCAGCAAGGACUGCCGCUGACUAUCACGGUGCCUCCUUCCUCUCGGCCUCGCCCGCGACCUCGGCGCAAGAUUGUGCAUCAGCAAGAUGAAGAGGCAGAGUGGGAAGCAGGGGAACCUUACCCAGAAGAGCUCCAAUAUGGUUAUGCACCGCCGUAG